AUGAAACAAAGUGUGUACAGUGACAUACCGGCAGCGCCCGGCAAUAUCGGUAGCUGCGGAAUGUUUGGUGGCAAUGGUGGACACACCAACACGAACAACCGGAGACGACAGUUGGUAGAGUCGGGUGCAUUUGCACUGCUAGCGUUAACUGUGGCGGUAUUGUGCACGAGUGUUAGUGCAACAACGGAGCCCACUAUUGUGAACGCCACCAGUGUGACUGAAUUGCCGCUAAGUAACUCCAGCAGCGGUCGUGCCAGUAGUCAACCAAUGUUCUCCACCGGCAACCGUCUGUGGGAUGCGCUGAUUGCGGACUGUAUGCGUAAGCCAACGUUCGCCUGCAUACAGAAGAACGUGUACAGCUUCCUGGGAGAACAGCUGGAUGUGGAGAACGUCAACUUUACGAACCGCGUGCAGUUCCUACGGAAUCGGGUCGAUUUCACCAAGUACACGCGUGAAGCAAACGAAGCUAGCGAUGGGGAGGAGGACAAUGAAAAUGAAAUCCCGGACGCUCGCAGUGCGUUCGAGCCGACGUCACCGAUUGAAGAAGUCACUACGGCGCUGCGCGACAAAAGCCUCAAGUUCAUGCUAACGCACGACGUCAGCAUCCAGAUGCCAGAGGUGAUGUUCGAUGGUGCAAUCUUCCGCAUCCAACCACGAGCGAUCGAGGGUAAUGGGAUGAUCGCGAAGCUGGAGUUUGUACCGCGCACCGAGCUGGCGGAGGCACGCGGCCACGGCACACCGAGGAUCCUGUUCAAGAAGAUCAAGAAAUUCUUUCAGAAUAAGCUACUGCUAGCGUUCCUAGCGAUAGUGCUAAUCAUCAAGAUCAUCAAGAUUAAGGUGAUGUGGUUGCUCCCGCUGAUGGUCGGUGUCGGUACGGCCAAGAAGCUGGUGCUCAAGUUCCUGCUGUUCCUGUUCCCGGCCUUAUCGCACAUAUUCAAGCUGUGCUCGUACUAUCAUGCGUCCUACCACAAGCCAAACUUCCACCAUCAUCAGCACCAUAUCAACCAUCUGCACACGUUCCAUCCACAUGAUCAUGCACUGCCUGAGUUGAUCUAUACGAAGCCGCCUCGAGGCCACCCGUCGGAAUUUUUACACGGAGCUCCCGUUCCACCGCACACACACUAUCAGCCGGAAGUGAACUACGAAUUUACCGCUCCUGGUUUGGGCUCAGAGUUCAUUAGCGAUAGAAACUCGUACGUAGACACAUCGUUCAAGCCAAAGUACGAUGACUUGAACGAUAUCAAAGCAUGGGGUUUGGGCGAAAGCACAAAUACAUCAGCACCACAAUCAUCGCCAUACUUCACCUCGCCGCCCACCUCCCCCAAUGGUGCCGUCGGCGGCAGUGGCAGCUACAAUGUAAAUCCACUCACGCAGCACGCCGCCAGCAGGAUUAACAGUCCGAAGCCCGUAUACGGACCGCCGGGAUACACGUCAUCCGCCCAAAAACGUAUACCAACCGGGGCGGCCACCUCGAUAGCGGCUCAGUACGUGUCAGCACCCUCGGGCCCGACGCUAUCGGCAGAAGAACAGAUUAUACGUGAAGCACAGCGCCAGGAAGCGUACAGGAUAGCGCAGGAGCAGAAGCUGAUUGCCAAACAGCAAGCGAUCGUGAACCAGCAGGCCUACGUUCAGGAGGGCGUCACACCGCGACCGGUCGAUCCGUUCUACAGUCCCAUUUUGCAGCGGCUAGACAAGGUGUUCAAUUCGCUCGGAAUUGUGGACGAAAGUUGUCGGGAGCGGCUCGUAUGCAGCAUGUACAAGAGUCCUGUAAAGUACAGUCCACACAGCAACUACGUUUCAGCGGAACUCAGCAGAGACGCAUCCGAGCUUCAGAAACCCACGUCAACGAACGCGGCCGUUGUGCGAUUCUACCGAUACGUUCAAGCAGCACGUGACGGUCAAGAUCAGCGAGAUUGCCAACGAAUCUACUCCCAGUGUACGAUCAACAUGGAGAAGAAGAAAAAGUAGAAAACA